AUGAAACUUGCCACAGAUAUAGAGAUAUACCUUUUGUGUAAUGAUCUGUCUGAGUUGCAGGACAAUCCCAUCAAGGUCACUUCAUGCCACACUUUUGACAUUUUCUCAGAGAGAAAUGGUUUGAAAUUGGAAGAUAGAUGGAUUAGAAAGAUAGGGCGUGGGUUCCAAUUCCAUCUAAUACAUCCAAACGUUGCCAUCGUGAUGGGUUGUUUAAAGUCCAAAAAGCACAUCUUUAGGGUUUUGUUGGGAGGGGCUCCACAAAGAUGGUCCACAGAAGAGUAA